CAUCUGGAAUCAGAAGAGUCAAGUUCCCUUCUGCAGACAGCAGUUUCAGUGUUGCAGAGCUCCUACUUGGACUCUACAUCUCAGGAUGGUUUUCAGUACAGCCAAGCAAUUCUGGUGGAAAACCAUGUUUUUCUGAGUGAGCUCAAAGCUUUUGCCCAAGCAAAGGAAGCUGCUGGAUACAGCCAGGAGGAGCUGGAGGAGACCUUUGCAUUUCUCCUGUUUGAUAAUGAAGAAGAGGCAAAAGAGGUGUGUCAGACAGGCCUCCGUGUAAACAGCAGUUCUAUUUCCAUACUUGGUGACCCAGCAAAAGGGGUUUAUAUUUCUAAGUAUGCAGACUGUCUUCAUCCGAGACCCUGGUAUCAUGGAAAAUCAGGCUAUAUUGUAAUUUGUAAGCUAAUUAAGGGGAAGGUCAAGGUGGUAUCUGAGAAUUACACAACCAGCUAUACCUGCCCAUCUCCCGGCUACGACUGCCAUGUCGCCGUAAGCAGAAGCAACAUACUGUCGAAGGCCAGCCACUGCCAGGCCUUCGAGCAGAGCCAGUAUUACGUGUAUGAAGUGUCCGAUGGCAGCACUGCUGAGCGGCCCAGGCAGAUUUGCCCUUACAUAGUCAUCGCCUGCCAGUACAGGGAGCCGAAGGAAAUGCCCGUCUUAGCUAUAGAGAGCCUACCUGAGCUUAAUCACAAAGCAUUGUACUGUCCAUGGAGGGGGCAGCUCUCCAUCCGGGGCCAGCUUUUGUGCAACAUCGCCCUGAGGACCCCAUACAGCUCCACGAUUCCAGCCCAGCUGCCUCCCAACCUGGACAUUAACCAUGUCAUGGGUUUGUCCGACUUGAAGAAAAAGCUACCAGAAGCUGCAUUUGGGAAAAGAAAUUACACUGAGAAUGAAGUCUGCUUUCAGGGUGUUUACUUCAGUCUGUAUGAAGUAGAAAUAUCAAGUAAGGAUCAAUACAAAAUGGAUCAGUUAGUAGAAAAGCUAAAGGAAAAAGACUUGGCAAUCAUCAAAUAUUUACAAGACCAAGGAGCCCUUAUCCUCCUCACGUCCUCUGCUUUGGCACGAGAUGAUGGGUUUGACCCCAAGGAGCCUGUCAGCCUCCUGGCCCUGUUUCUGUUCACCUCAUCCCGGUCGGUAUGCCUGAGAGUUGAAAAGCAUGAUCCAAAAGAUGAAAGGGAAGGUGGUGAUGAUAGUGACAUCUCAUUAAAAAUAGCAUCAGUUUUGCCUGGACUUCGCUAUGCCUUACAGAAAGCCACGAGUUCUUCAUGGGGGGAUGCAGUCAGUACCAGCUUAUGUAUCAAACAGCACUUCCAGGAGUACGCAAAGCUUGAUCAAAAUACACAGCCCACCUCUGGGCAAAACUGCAAAGUUCCCCUUUCUUCUCUCCUCUCACCAACUGAGGAUGAAUGUACUGAUCCCUUCAAAAAACACUCAGAGCAGUCUUUCUCCCAGCUGCAGCAUUAUCUGUCUGAUCCCAGCAGCUAUACUCUGGAAAUGUCAGCUGCCUUAGGAUGUUUGACUGGUGCUGUUCAGUCUCUUUGCUGCGAUUCAGAGGCCGAUUAUAAAGUGGACUUCUGUUCAGCUGUGCCACCAGACCCUAUUAGUCCCAACACAGCAGCGGAAAUAAAAGUCAAAAGUGAAAACCCACAGCCCAGUGUGGGGCUGGACCAGAGUGGUAAAGGGCCCACAAAAGAUGUCAACUCAGCCAGCAAGCUGUGGGUACAGCAGAGCAGGAGAAAAUCCAGCCGAGCUAUUGUGACCAGCACCAGGAAGAAAUGGUCACCCCUCAAGAUGCAAAUGCAUCCUAUGGGGGACAGCAGCAGGAACAGGAAAGCAACCAAGAAGAAGAAAAUCAACAUCGCUUUCUCUUUUCCUAAAAAGCCAGGGUUCGCGGCCAGUUCCAACGAGCCCAUGCUUAAAUUAGCCAAUUUGCAGUUUCCACACAGAAGGAAAAGAGGUGCGGAGGUCCUGUCUGCAGAAUUUGUGCACAAAGCACAGUCUGAACCUGUUCAGAAGGAAACCUCAGCUCCUGACGAUCCUGGCUUGGAAACAAAGAGACUAAAGAUACUGAAGAACCCAGACAUGAAAAAGGUUCCUGUUGCUGAGACCAUCACGAAGCCAGUGAAAAGUAAGACGCUAAAAAGUGUGGCUAACAGCCCAUCAAAACCUCAAGCCAAAAAGCAAGCAGAAAGUGAGUGGAAGGAGCCAUUUUCUGUCCUCCCAAGCGAAGUUUCUUCCCAAUGCCAUGGAGCAGAUGGCCAAACAAGUGAGAUUUGCCCAGGCGGGGUUCCUGAUCUCGGUUUCGUUCUGAAGGGAAACAACUAUGAGUCCCAUGCCUUGAACUUGCUGGCUGAUCUGGCUCUGGGUUCUUGUAUUCCUUCAUUUAUCCCCAGGGGCAGUGGGAUGAUCGCUGUGUCCUGCAGCCCCUCCAGCAACUCUGCAAAGGAGCAGCAGAGUCAUCGCAAGCACAGAUCCUUGCGUGUUGCUUCUGACCAUGAAUACCAUAGGGUAGACAAGCUUGCAAAGGGAGCAACCUGUCCUAGCAAAGUAUCACCAAACCAGAAGCUUUCUCCUGCUGAAAAAAUAGACUUAAAUGAUUUGGCUUCUAUUCCCAGGGAGAAAAGCCCUGGGAUUUUCAGCAAGAAGAACAGUGCGAGCCCUAGCCCUGCAAAACCCCAUGCAUUGCCUCCAAGAGAGACUCAAGAAGCUGCUGAGGUGAACAAGCACUCCUUCAUCUCUGCUGAGCACUCAUAUGCCUCACAGAUGCCUGAGCACUCAAAGAAACACAUGUAUCCCAGAGGUGCUCCCUACCCUGGCCCAGCACCUUCCAGAAAUGGGACCAGGAAUGCCCGAGCAGGACCCCUGGUUGGGAAAGUUCUGCCUUUCCGCCACCAGCAGAGCAGCACCCACCUACAGCGGCCCUUCGAGGCCAUGGCGAUGAGGCGCAGGAGCAACCUGCUCUCCCCCCGGCUGAAAGAGGACUUUGCCAAGUCCCACACAGUGAACAUCUGUGGCGAGUCUGUGAAGGUGACGUGCCAUUGGGAGGCAGAGUAUCUCUUCAAUUUGGACAGCAGGUACACCAACGAUGCCCUGGAGAAAACAGUCAUCCGUGCCCUGCAUGGGCCCUGGGACCCCGAUCUGCCCGAUGAUGUGGAAGAGAUGAAGCUGAUCCUUCAUAUGUGGGUGGCUCUCUUCUACAGCAAACCCAGCAAACUCCUGAGCAGCACGAGGAAGGUGGUAGAGCACAGCAACCCCGAGAAGUAUGUCUCAAUAAACAGCAGUGGGGACUUUCUUGAGCUGAGUGAUGAUGGUGAGGACUGUUUUGGGUUGGAGACAUGCCCUGCAGACUCUCGGUCAGACCCUGACCAGACUCCCAGCAGCUCUCUGGAUCGCAGCACAUGUUGCCAGGGAUGUUUCUGCCCAGAAGAGAGCCCUGCAGACUCUCAGACUGAUGAUGACGGGACUCCUGGUGUUGUCGAUAGCACAGUAUCGUCUUCUUCAGUGGAGCUGCCCUGUGGGGAGGAGGAGCCUUCCUCCACAAGCUGUCCCGAGAGCCUUUCCCUCAUUGAACAUGCCGAUGAGAGCCUGGCUGUGAAAGACAGGCAGCUGGCAGUCAUUCCUGAGCAGUGUGUGCGUGAUGUCUCGACCAUCGCUGCGAAGGAGCCACCCAGGGAGGGACUGCUGGACGCUAUGAUGACCCCCAGCCCUUCCGAUGAGCUUGGCAAUGCCAGCAAGCCUCCAGCUGCACCGAGCAAGGAAAACGCAUGCAGCCAAGCCCCAAAUUCCAGUAUGGCUCCCUGGAAUGAUGCCCUGUGCACGCUGCAUGGACGUGGAGAGCAGCAGGAGAGCACGUGGGCAGCAGGGUCAGGAGGUGGCCCUGGCCCUCCCAAGGAUGGAGAGGGCAUGGAAGAUGCUGGGCACUGUAUGGAGGUUGAGGAUGGCAGCUGGGCCACCAGCAACGGACUGGAAUGUGCCUGUGAUUCAAUGUCCUUAGAAGCGAGUCCCAAAAGUGCAAAGCUGGAUGGAGCCAGUGAGGAAGGCAGGGAAUCACAAGACACCUUUGGACAUCCAGAAAAAGAGGAGGAAGAAGUGGAGGAGGGAAAAAAAGAGAAAGAGGACUCUGAGUAUGAAAGCACAGUCCUGGGGCCUAUUGAUUUAGUAUUUUCUGAAAGCAGUGAUGCUGACAUAGAGCGUGAACUCAGCGAGCAGAAGCGAGUGAAUUUGGCAUGUCUGAAGGACUUUGACGUUCCUGGAGAGGGCCCUGUGCCCAGCCCCACUGCCUUAGCAUCCUCCUGCCCAGGCAGAUCAACACCAGUGCUGUCAGAUGGGACUGGGACUGGCCCCCGAGGACUUCCUGGUGAGAUGGCACCAAGCCUGCACACACUGCAAGAACCCUGGGAGACUCUGGCCGCCUCAAGUGCAGAGACAAACAGCAUUGGUUUGGCAAACACAGCUACUCCAGCCAAUGUGGGGUCGCCCCGUGACAGUGGGUUGAUGCUGCUGUUAUCACCUGAUCCCAGCCUUGUCUGUGGGGCACAGCCAGACAGCAUUACAGGCAACUUGGGACCUGCCAGAGAGGCGCUGGGGGAAAGCUUGGAGCAGAAAGACAAGGAUCGUGCGCCCUCUGCAGAAAGGUGGGUGCCUGCUGGGAGCAAAGCUGCCGGCACAGCUGGCCUCGAGUCACUGUGUGGCCAGGGACUGUCACUAACCUCGUCUCCUGACUCCAGUUCUGUCUGCCUCACAUCACUUGAUGGAGCAACAGAUCCUGGGACAGCUCCAGAGGACCAGGAGGCCAUGGCAAGCAUCCAGUCUCCAUCACAGAGCUACCUGGGAGAGAGCAGCUGCCUUUCCCAAAGGUGUGGAGGUGAUGUUUGUGCAGACCUCACUUCGCUGAGCCCUUGUGAAUCAAACCAAGAAGGGAACAAGGUUUUGGUGGAAGAACAGCAUAGCAGCCCUUCUGCCAACCCCACAGAUGUGCUGGAUGAGUCCUUGGGAGUGGGUGAUGGCCAGGCCUUCGCCUUCAACUGUACAGCCUUAACAGGUGACUUUGAAGCUGCGGGGAGCAAUGAUGUGUGCCUCGGUGCCGGGAAGUCCCCCAGGAGUGACAAAGCAAACACAGCAAUGGUGGCUAACGCACCACAGGAGCCAGAGACCUCUCUUCAUCACCUCUUGAAAUCAGAGCCCUCCUCCUCAGUGAGAGAGGGGAUGUCUGCCAUGAAGGAGCACCCCAGGCAGCAGCAGAGCUCCCCAAACAGCCUGUCCCCACCUGUCCACAGAGGCUCAGCUCCUGCUUCUCCGCCACAGCAGGACCCUCUCCCCCAUGGCGGAGAUGCAGACCCCCACACACACUUGUUAGAGCAAAGCGAGCAGGGACCAAUCCUGUACCAACAUGGGAAGCCCUGCGAGCAAGUAGGUGCUGCAGAUGUGAGUGUGGAUGCCAAGAGCCCAGAUGGCUCCUUAAAGCCCAGAUGUGCAGAAGAGGUGAAAAAAGACGUGGGUCCAUGCCAUGCAGAGCCAGCAAAGAGCUCCCCUGUGGAUGCGCUUGUGUCACGUAACUCGAGAUCUGUGCCUCCUUCUGCUCCGCACAACCACAAGGCAGGUCUGCACAACCUCGAGCCAGACUCAGUCCUCAGCGUGCACCCGGAGACGUGUUCCCCCAGCGUGAGCCUGGCUCCAGAUGGUGCCCCAAGGUCCUGUUGCAUGGGACAGCUGCCACCAGGCGCCUGCUCCGGGUAUGGCAGCCCUGGGGGCCAAGCAGCAGAUGUGGUAGGGAGCCAUGAGAAGGAACCUGUGCCACAUGAGGAUUUAGAAGGAGGAAGCAGCAUCCCUCUUGCCAGCCCUGCAUCUUUUUCAGCAGGGGAGUUGCUCAUGCCAGUAUGCAAGCCCCAGUCUGUGUGCAACCAGGGUGAGCACGAGGCCAAGGGAGCUGACGUGUUUGUUGAUCUGCACCAUGCCAGCGUGGAGGUGGGAGAGGGAGAAAUCCCCACUCUCCCCUUUCCAGUGUUGCCGUUACAUCGACACAGGGGGCUCUCUGGAGAAAGCCUAGAGCUUAGUGACGCUGAGGAUAUUUUGGACGUGCUUCCAAGGGCAAAGCAGCUCCCCAGCAAAGACAGAUGCAUGGGCUUGACCUCCGAGGAUCUAUCUGAGACUUUCUCCAGUAACUCAGACCAGGAGUCUUUUGGGGAGACUUCACAGUCCUUGCUUACAGCCAGGAGUUCCUACAGAUCUGUGGAUGCUGCAAGCGCAAGGACUAACUGCGACUCCUCCUCUGCGAGCUUGGUGCAUGUGGAGGGGCGCAGCGAGGAUUGGGGCUCGCUGGGCGCAGAGGGGGGCUGCUCACGGGCUCAGCAUGGCUGGCCGAUCGGCCCGGGGGAAGCCAGCAGCGGGCACAUUCCACAGUAUGUCAAUAUUAGGGACAUCCAGGGGAUCACCAAGGACUACCGGAACUUUGUGGUCACCAAAAAGUGCCAGGAGAGGAUGGGAAAUUUGCAGCCUUCAAAGAGGCGCAGACACUGCGCGGGGCAGCCGCAUUUGUUAAGGUCACUGAGGGGGACUUGGAGGGGUUUUGAGGAAAUCACCCAGCACACUUUGGACAUGGAGUGUCUCCGUUUCCAUUAUAAGCUAAAACAAAUCCUAAGGAGUGGGAAACCACCCUUUUCUACCUCCAAAAGCAUCUUUCCACAAGACUUUUCUCCCCAGGUGAUGUCUGAGACCUUGCCUGUACGAGAAGCUCCUGUCCCGCUCUCCCCGCGGAGCAGGAGCCCUUUGCAGGUGACGAUCCUGCCCUCAGACACAUGGCUGAGCGGGCUCGGCUGGCACCAGCGAAGCAGCUGGCAGGGGGACCCGUGUACCCCAUGGCAGGACACACUCUGCGACGAGAGGAGCAGGGCCAGAUCCCGAACCACAAGCCAGGGCCGCGCUGCUCCCUUCCACCUCGGCAAACUUAAGUACGAUGAUAAGCUAAAGGACUCGCGGGGGGACAUCGCAGUCAUCCUUGAUGAGUACGCUGAGUUCAACAGGGUGAUGCUGAGCAGGGCUGAUGCGGGGAGCGAGGGCGGAGGGCCGGUCCUGGCACAGGGGGAGGCCACGAGCGAGUGGACCUGCGCAUCCCUCCCCGGGAGGAUGGCCGCCUUCAAGGAGAUGAUCGAGGACCUGUACAGCGCACUGCGUUUCCACCUGCGCAGCGUGGCCAAGGAGGCCUGCGGCCAUGCCAGCAUGUUCUACCUGGUGGAGACGGGCAAGGACCCUUUCUUUGCAAGAGUGAAGACCUUGCUGAAGAAAGAUGGCCACGUGGAGAUCGAACCUCUGAGCUUCUGCGAAGCGGAACACCUGGAUACUGACAGGCUGCUUGUUGUCAUCAGGAACGAAGACAUUUCCUCACACAUCCACAACGUCCCAUGCUUGCUGAAGCUGAAGCACUGCCCGAACGUGGCAUUCGCCGGAGUGGACAGUCCCAAAGAUAUAACAGGUCACACAUACCAGGAGCUGUUUCAUACUGGUGGCUUCAUGGUGUCAGACAACAAGGUGUUGGAAACGGUAACGCUGGGCCAACUGAAAGAGGUGGUGAAGGUGCUGGAGAAGCUGAACAGAAGUGGGAGGUGGAAGUGGUUCCUUCACUACAAGGAGAGCAAGAAGCUCAGAGAAGAUGUCAGGGUCGACGCCAACGCCCGCAAGAAGCACUUGAUCCUCAAAUCGUGCCAAGGAGCCGAUCUCAUUGAGGUGCUGCACUACCACGCCUGUGACUCCGGGUUGCCCCCCAAAUCUGAGUACAUCAAGUGCUUGUUGAACCUGCAGGUUCAGCACGUCAGCGCCAGGUUCGCCGUGUAUCUCACAGAAAAGCCCAGCGUUAGCAGGGAGGUCCUCGAAAGCAAAGGAAUCCUCGUGGCCGACAUCAAUGCUUUCCUUGGGACGGUGCAGAAAGCAGCUGCCCCAUUUAGAAGAAGCUACUGGUGAUGAAGCGAAGCCGCGGCACGGCUCCUCCCCAGACCCUGCGGGGCCGGUUUAGGCAUCCUCAUCCUCUGCGGGACAGCCCCUGCACCCCGUUGGGUUUGGGGUGCUGCACACAGGAGCCGUGGGCAGAGAGGUGAUGGGGGAAGGUUGGUUCUAGUUCUGUAUAUAGAAAUUAUUUAAAGAUGGCUAAUGCAAAUCCUCCCGGGGAUUCACUCCCUGCCAUCAAGUUGCAUAUAGGACAGAGGUUAUUUUAACAUUACACAGUUUUAAAUUAUUGGAGUGUUUUCAAGCUAUUAGUGCAGCUGACAUUGGAAGAAAUAGGAAAAUAAAAUUAAAAAAAAAAAAAGCCUUUUACUUGAAAGUUAGGGGCGAUACGAGUCCACAAUAAUAAAAGCAUUUUCUACAUGGCUGUUGCUGUACAUACUGUACGCAAGACGCCCGUGUUAGCCACUGGGGUGGGUGUCCAUUUUAAAUGGGUGUUCAGGACCACCGCCUGAGUGUCACUGAGCCUGUAGCAGUCUGCUCCACACUACGUUUCAAGUCGCCCCGUUGCCUCUUGGUACCAUUUAACUGCUGGGACUUGAGUGCAUUCCAGCACGUGGAAGUCUUUCUUGUAAAUAGCCAGACGACAGGACCCAGGAACAAAAAAGCUCUUAUUUAUGGUA